AUAGGACCACGAGAGAGAGAGAGAGAGAGAGAGAGAGACGAAGCUUGCAUCAAUGGCGGGAGCUCUGGCGAACGGGAAAACCUAGAUCCGAUCUCUCUCUACCAAGAAAGCCAUGGUCUCCGACUGCAGCGGUGGAGGUGGCAACGGACUGAUGGAGAACCUGGCGAGCUCGCGAUUCGUGGUGGCGUGUGUGUUUGCGGGGAUGGUCGUUGGGGCCUCCGUCUUGGCGCUCCAUCUCGGUGGCUAUGCGAACGCAGUGGGGAUGCCGGGGUUUGGGAAGAAGAAGAAGAGACGGCCUGUUCGUGUCUAUAUGGAUGGUUGCUUCGAUAUGAUGCACUAUGGCCACUGUAACGCCCUUCGUCAAGCCCGUGCUCUUGGUGAUGAGCUUGUUGUUGGGGUUGUUAGUGAUGACGAGAUCAUUGCGAACAAGGGCCCUCCUGUUACUCCUCUUCGCGAGCGGAUGAUUAUGGUUAAGGCUGUGAAAUGGGUGGAUGAGGUCAUUUCAGAUGCACCUUAUGCCAUCACGGAGGGGUUCAUGAGGAAACUGUUUGAUGAAUAUAACAUAGACUACAUAAUCCAUGGGGAUGACCCAUGCUUGCUCCCAGAUGGUACAGAUGCAUAUGCCCUUGCUAAGAAGGUUGGUCGAUAUAAGCAGAUAAAGAGAACAGAAGGUGUGUCAAGUACUGACAUAGUAGGACGCAUGCUUCUUUGCGUAAGGGAGAGGUCAUCGGGUGACAGCCAUAACCAUUCUUCUUUACAGAGGCAGUUUAGCCAUGGACAUAGUCAAAAGGUUGAUGUUGGUGGAUCUGACAGUGGAACUAGGGUAUCAAACUUCUUACCAACAUCUCGUCGAAUUGUUCAGUUCUCCAAUGGAAAGGGCCCUGGUCCAGAUGCUCGCAUUGUUUACAUAGAUGGUGCAUUUGAUCUAUUUCAUGCAGGACAUGUGGAGAUACUUCGUGUUGCGAGGGCACUUGGGGAUUUUUUGCUUGUUGGAAUUCACACUGAUCAGACAGUCAGUGCCACUCGGGGUGCCCAUCGCCCAAUUAUGAGUCUCCACGAGAGAAGUCUGAGUGUUUUAGCUUGCCGUUAUGUAGAUGAGGUGAUUAUUGGUGCCCCAUGGGAGGUAUCAAAAGAUAUGAUUACAACCUUCAACAUAUCCUUGGUUGUUCAUGGAACGAUUGCAGAAAACAAGGAUUUUCUGAAGGAAGAAUCAAACCCAUAUGCAGUUCCCAUCACUAUGGGUAUCUACCAACAAUUGGAAAGCCCUCUUGACAUCACGACCAGCACAAUAAUCAAGAGGAUUGUUUCAAAUCACGAAGCUUAUCAGAAACGAAAUGAGAAGAAGGAAGCAAGUGAAAGGAAAUACUACGAGGAAAAGAAGUUCGUAUCUGAUGACUAACCAUUUCAGUUCAUGAAAAAUUCUUCUCUCCAUUGUGUUGCAAAUUCUCCAGUCUCACAGGAGAUGAGGUUUCCUCCAAAACUUUUGUGACUUCAUGGUGUGGAGUUUUGCGUCCAUUAACAACGAGUUUUCUCAGAUUGUUACAGGCUAGAUAGUAUGAAGAAUUCAGGUAAUUUAGCUGUCUUGGUUGAUGGCAUGGCCAUGGAGUUACCAUAUUGAGUUAUUUUUGUUUUAUUUCCUUUUCCUGAUUGUAUGAUCUAUAUUGAGAUCUAUUGAUGUCCAGUUUGUACUUGUUAGCUUCUUCCAGAAAUUUUUGCCAUGUCAAAUUCUUUUCCUCAAUUAGGUGUGCAUGAUUUUUGGCUUUGAAGUGUUUGACAAACAUGGGGGCAAUGAAUCAUACAUCUUUCAUUACCA